AUGGUUAACGAACAACUAAAAAACUUUAACAAAAUCAUUCAAAAGUUGGUGGAAAACCAACCCGAAUUAUUUAAUCAAGAGGAAAUCACCGCUUCUUUACAAGCGAUUGACAAUUUACUAGAAACUGUUCAACAACAAGCAACCGAGCUGGAAAAUAACAAACAAUUACUUUUUGCUUACCAAGCUCAAACUCAAGGUUUACAUACUAAAUUAACUAGGAAAAAACCACGAAGAUUAUCGCUCGAUAGUGGCGAAGUUUCUUAUGUCGAGGGCAUCAUGUCUCCCCGUCGGGGUUCUAGUCGUUCAGACCACGACCAUCCUUUUUCGCCUUUUUUGUCACCGCAUUCUCCUUAUUCCAAUGGUUCGGUUUCCCCCUCUAGUUCUAUCCUGGAGUUAGAUAAUAUUUCCAAUUUAGUGGAAGAGCGAGAGAAUGAAUUAACCGAAAGUGCGGCGGAAGUUAUCAGUACCUUACAAACUAGCGAAAGCAAUCUACGCCAACAAGUGGGUUCCUUAGCCCAUGAAUUAUCGCAAAAAGAAGAUUACAUUAAACAUUUAGUAGAAAAAAAAGAAGAGCAGGAAAAAAUAAUCUUGGAAUUGGAGCAAGUAAAGUCAGAAAAGACUACUUUGCAAGCCAAAUUGACUAAACUAGAAGAAAACAAUAAAAAAUUAGAAGAAGAGUUAGCCGAAACUAACAAUGAUUUUCUCUUAAUUACGGAAAAAAAUAACGAGUUAAAUAGGCAAUUGCUAGCUACUUAUCAGAAACAAACUGAGUUAGAACAAAAAUUGGAGCAUGAAAUCAAUGAGCGGGAACGGUUAGAAGAUAGCAAAGAACAAUUUUACUCUUCUUUAUUGGCUAAGUACCAAGAAAUCUGCCAAGCCAAGGAAUCUAGUGAACGAGAAAAAGAAGAAUUAGCUAAUUUAAUUCGCCAACAAGAAAAUGAUUACGAGCAAGAAAGAAUCCAACGAGAAAAAGUCUUCCAAAAACAGUUAGAUAAUUUACGAACUUUUCAAAUAAAUAGCAGCUUAAGAACCGAGGUUACUAAAUUACGAGGGCAAAGACAUCAUCAUAGUUUUAGUAUUGGUAGUGUGCCUAGUAGUCGGGCUAAUUCUCCUUAUGAUAUAGAAAUUAAGGAUGAGGAGAUAAUUUUUUCGACUAAACCUAAGUCCCGACCAGUAUCUUAUGAUUUAUCGGCAGAAUUAAAGAAACAAGGUUAUCAGGAACAAUCAGGCAAAUUCGGUAUUAUUACUAAGCCAGAAGAGAAUGUUUUCGAAACUUCCUUGGUCAAUCCCAAGCGGAAAUCAACCUCCUCACUGUUAAAUCAGUCUUUGCAACUGCCCCCCGCUAAUCAAGAAAGCAAUAAUUCCUUUGAUGCACUUUUUGCCAAUAUUGAUGAUUUAGUAAAAAUAGAAAACGAUGUUGCUUGUCAGCAAUUGCAAGAGGAAAAAAAGGCUUUAGAAGCUCAAACUCAAAAUGAAUUAGGUCAAAUUAAGUAUGAAUUACAAGAAAGUAAGGCUCGCCAAAGCCGAAUUGAUAAAGAAUUAGUAAAUGCUUAUAAUCAAAUAGAUGAAUUAGAAGAAAAGUUGCGUGAACAAGAGGCUGAUUUAGUCAACCAGAAUGAAAUUUCGCAAGAUGAAUUAGCCAAAGUAAGAAAUGAACGAGAUUCCCAACGAUUAACUUUUACUAAUUUAGCUGAUAAAGUUGAGCAUUUAGAAGAAGACAGUGAGGAAAAAAAACAGCAAUUGGACAAGUUGAAACAAUUAAACCAGCAACAAGAUUUAAAAAUCAAAGAAUUAGAAAAGCAACAAAAAGAAGCAAUUGUUGAUUUAGAUGGAUUAGAACAAAAAGAACGAGAAUUCUCGGCCUUAAUCGAACAAGCCGAACAAAUUUUAAAAAUAAGAAAAUAA